AUGAGUGAGCGUCCCAUACGGCGUGUGCAAUCUGUCACCCCCUCUUCUCAUCGCCGGACGGCCUUGCGAAGACGGAGAUCGCAUCAUAGACAUUCCGUUUACCCCCCUCCCUCAUCCUUUUCCUCCAUUACUAAUACUGAUUAUACUAAUAUGAACAGCAAUACUAAUACUACUGUGGCUGCUGUGACGGUGCUGGAGGAAGAGGAAGAAGGGGCAGAGAGUUCAGUGCUAUCCGACUUUGAUGUACUGAAUGAUGCAAUUCAAGAGUUUCUUCUUGGCAGUGAUGACUCGGGUGAUGAUGCCUCCGGGUAUUAUGGUGAAGUAGACAUCAUUCACGCAGUGGCGCCGUUCCUCCAUGCGGCAAGCGUCAGACCAGCGGCAAGGCGUAUGCGACACGCACGCAAAAGUACCCCACCAACAGGAACCAGCACAACAACAACAACAACAACAACAAGUAAAUUCACACCUACAUCCACACCAACACCUACAACAGCCCCAUUGAUAGGAUUGACACUUGCAGAGUCGAUGUUACCACGCCGUGUUCUUCGUCGCCGUCGCCGGUUGUUAUUGCCGCGCGACAAGGGUCUACCGGAGGCGCCGCUUUGCAUUGUGUUGGAUUUGGACGAAACUCUUGUUGCCGCCCGCAGGGACGGUGUGCAUCCCCGACCGCACGUGAAGGAGUUCCUCGACGUCUGCCACGCGGAGGGUUGUGAAGUGGUGGUGUGGUCAGCGGGAUCACCAGCGCACGUGAAUAGUGUCAUCCGUGCCGUGGCGACGGUAUCACAGCGACGUGAUUGGUAUCAUCAUAUAAUUAGUCGUCAUCGUCGUUGGUUUCAUGAAGAUAGCGAAAGUGUAAAGGAUUUAGCCCUCUUAGGGAGACCACUCAACCGCGUUUUGAUGCUUGAGAACAGUCCACGUUCCAUUCAGAGGCAACCGAUGCAUGCAAUUCUUUUAGAAGAUUAUAUUUCUCCAACUGCACAAGAUGAUUCUCUGCGACUUCUUGCAGGUGUUGUACAGCGCCUUGUAGCAGCAAUGCGAGCUUCAGAUGAUUUAGCGACUGCCGAUGUCUCCCGCUUAUUGUCUGUUGACACCUCACUCAUGGAACUCUUACUCCCUUCUUCACAUUCAUUAUCAAGGGAUGGGAGUACUAUGAUAAGUAGAGGGCUUUUAUACUCACCACAGAGGGUUUUUUCGUCUAGAAGUUAUGGUGGUGAACAUCCAUUGUCUUAUCAAGGGGGAACAUGA